UUGCUUUUCUCCCUUUCAUGUUCUCGGUUAUGAUCUGAAAAGCAACGAUAUGAGAAAGAUUGACAAGAAAACCACAUGUUUUCUACCUCUCAUCCAUGCUUUUAGUCUGUUAAUUGGCUUAAGAACACAAUUUGCUUUUUAAUGAUCUUGCAAUUUAAAGAGUUAAAUCAUGUUUCCUAUAUUGUCAACCAAUCUAUGCUAGAGGUGUCAAAAGACUUAAAAGGUCCGGAAUUUUCACUAUUAACCAAAGAAAAAACAAAAAGCGAUUGUUCAAAUAAAAAGUCUUGCUAAAAAAUAGGAGAAGAUGGAAAGUCUUACUUCCUGGAUUGCGUCCCAUCAUCAUGCAAGAAAAAAAGAAGAAGUCUGCCCAUAGAAGAAGACUUUACAUGGAGUAUUAAGCAAAGAAUAAUUCUAUUAAAGAAAAAAAAAAAUUGGUCAAACGGGUCAAAGAAACACACAAACAUGAUAAUAAUAGUUUGGUUGAAGUUUCCACCAAAAGUCUUCGUCUUCAAUAUUCAUCCUCUUGGGGGCAUUCAGAAACAAAUCUCAUCUUCCUUUCAGAAUUCUCACAGAAGAAACAAGGCAUGGAUCUGCAGCCAGAAGAACUCCAGUUCUUGACGAUCCCUCAACUAGUUGAAGAAUCCAUCUCAAUCAAGAAACGAUCUCCAAGAACCUUCUACCUCAUCACCCUCUCCCUCAUCUUCCCUCUCUCCUUCGCCAUCCUCGCUCACUCCCUCUUCACUCAGCCCAUUCUCUCCAAGCUCGCCUCCUCCGACCCACCUAACUCCGAUCGCUCCCGCCACGACUGGACCGUGCUCCUCAUCUUCGAGUUCAGCUACCUCAUCUUCCUCUUCGCCUUCUCUCUCCUCUCAACCGCCGCCGUAGUCUUCACCGUUGCUUCUCUCUACACCGGCAAAACAGUCUCCUUCUCCUCCACCAUCUCCGCCAUCCCCAAAGUCUUUAAACGCCUCUUGAUCACUUUUCUUUGGGUUGCACUCUUGAUGUUCGCUUACAACGCUGUCUUCUUUGUUUUCCUAGUGAUACUAUUCAUAGCUCUCGAUAUGAACAGUGUAGGCUUAGCGGUCAUCGCUGGAGUUAUAAUCUCUGUUCUUUACUUUGUUGUUCAUGUCUAUUUCACUGCCCUAUGGCAUCUAGGUAGUGUGAUCUCUGUUCUUGAGCCUGUUUAUGGACUUUCUGCCAUGAGAAAAGCUUAUGAGCUUCUUAAGGGGAAGACUAAGAUGGCUAUGGGGUUGGUCUUUGUUUACCUUUUUCUCUGUGCAUUAAUUGGAGGUACUUUUGGAUCGAUUGUGGUUCAUGGAGGAGGAAAGUUUGGGACUUUGACUAGGACCCUUGUUGGUGGGUUGCUUGUUGGUGUUCUUGUGAUGGUGAAUUUGGUGGGUUUGUUGGUUCAGAGUGUGUUUUAUUACGUUUGCAAGAGUUAUCAUCAUCAGACUAUUGAUAAGACGGCUUUGUAUGAUCAUCUUGGUGGGUAUCUUGGAGAUUAUGUGCCUCUUAAGAGCAACAUUCAGUUGGAGAAUUUAGACAUGUGAGAUCAUGAUGGUACUAGUUCUUCUCUGUCUUUCUCUCUGUAUACUAUAUUGAGGUAAUGUAAGAUUGGAGAAGAAGAGGCAGUGGUAUUUGAAUAAUAGUUGUUAUCUAAUGUGUAUGUAUAGACGUGAACACUCUUUUGGUAGUGUUUUGAUUUGAUUAAUCUAUGAUUUGAAAGGA